AUGGCCUCGAUCAGAACCCAGAGAGCGCGCGUCUCUCAUCUGACGGCCCAAUUCCCCCGUUUGAUCCUCACCACCCCGUUCCUACAGCAAACCUAUCGCUACCGAUUUCAGCACCAACUCCGCGCCUCACACGACGGAAAGUCUCACAAUCGCCCACCAUCAACAAACCCCUCAGAAGACGUCAAUCCACCUCCGAGCACCCGCCCCGCAGAAAUCGAGACUCCCGCGCCUCUCGGCCCAUCCGCCUCCGCCGGCGAUAAAGCGAAGCAACUCCUCGCCUACGGACGCGCAUAUCUCGCCUUCUACAAAUCAGGCGUCAAGAACGUGUAUCACAACUACCGCGCCUCAUUACCGAUCCGUCGCUCGCUCGGGAUCCAAUCAUUUAUACCUAAGACCCCGCCUCCGAAAGCUUUCCUCAAAAUCGGCCGUGGCAAUGGCAACCAGCUCAAGAUCAAGACCAGUCGCUCGACGUUCCAGCUAGUUCACCGCGCAGCGUACGAUGCCCGGCGCAUGAUCCCCUUCACAAUCGUGCUGAUUGUCUGCGGCGAGUUCACGCCUCUUAUCGUCUACGCGCUUGGGAACUCCAUCACGCCGUUCACGUGCCGGAUUCCCAAGCAGAUUGAGCGACAUCGCAAAGAUAUGGCAGAGAAUAAGAGCGCGGCGCUGAAAGCGCAUGCUCAGGCGUCGGGUGGGUCCGCUACCGCAUCAACCCCGGAAGCAGGGACGGAGGAGGAGCUACAUCUGCUUUCUGUGUUUGCGAGGCCGGACUUUGCGAGGGAGGCUAGUGCCGGGGAUAUCCUGACGGCUUGUGCGGUUUUUGGUCUGGUUGAGUCGUCUUAUAGCUAUGAGUCUCUGGUAGAACCCUUGUAUCGGAAGAGACUGGCGAGGCAUGCAGAGUAUUUGGCGGUGGAUGAUAAAAUGAUUAAGAGCUGUGGCGGGGUGACGGCUAUGGACAGCGCGGAGGUCAGAAUUGCUGUUCAAGAGCGCGGUGGGUUUGGGCUGCCGACGGGGUCGAGUGCGUUCGAGGCUGAGAUGGUUGAGAGAAAGUGGUUGAACAUGUGGUUGAAGAAGUCACAGCCCGAGACGGCUUUGCUCGAAGUCGGAGAGGUAAAUCUAGCCUCCAGUACCGGCAAUACGUGA